AUGUGGAGAAGUAGCCAGCACCAAGUGAACGAACGGCAGGCAGUACUUGCUGCUGGGGCGCUUUGCAGCUUGUACUUGGGCUACAAGCUCUUAGUUGCAGUGUACAAGGAGAGAAAAAUCACAUUGGCACUGGACGCUCAGGGUCUACACCGCCCCAAGUCGACCCUGCCAAUUCUGGGUAACACUUUGGAUGUGAUGUUCUAUCAAAAAGAUCGCCUGCAGGACUGGAUAGCUGAGCAAAGUCAGAUCAGUGGUGGCAAGCCCUGGGUGCUUAGUAUUAUCGGUCGUCCACAGGUCCUUAUCGUCACGUCCCCCGAAGCGUGUGAAGAUGUCUUCAAGACACAAUUUGCAAACUUCGGCCGCGGCGAAGAGCUUGUGGAUCUUGAGCACGACAUCUUCGGCGAAGGUAUUGCUGGUGUGGAUGGUGAGAAGUGGCUUAAGCAGCGUCGCAUUGCCAGUCACAUGUUCUCCAUGAAGAUGCUGCGAGAUGUCAUGGACGAAGUCAUCAUUGAAAAGACCAUCAAACUGCAGCACGUACUGGCUCAGUGUGCGAGGGAAGGCCGCGUGGUUCCCAUGAACUCUCUGCUAGGCAAGUUCUCCAGUGACGUGUUCACAAAGAUUGGCUUUGGUGUGGACCUCCACGGCUUGGAUGGAGACAUCAAUUCCGAAAUGGACCACCCAUUCAUCAAAGCUGUUGACGGCUACUCGGAGGUCUUUGGUGCGCGCAUGCAGUCGCCUGCGUGGUUCUGGAAGCUAAAGCGUUUUUUGAACAUUGGCGACGAGCGCAAUCUCAAGCGAUGCAUCAAGGUCGCCACUGAACUGUUUAAUGAGGUCCUGCACAAGUCUAUAGCGAAUAAGACUGAUGAGGACUGGAAUACAAAGACAGACCUGCUCACUCUAUUCGUGGAUCACACCGGCAAGACGGACCCGGCCGAAUUGCGUGACGCAAUGAUGAACUUCUUCCUGGUUGGCAAGGAGACCACUAGCUUCAGUUUGGCGUGGGUCAUCGUGAACCUCAAUCGCCAUCCACAUGUGCUCGCCAAGCUACGUGCUGAGAUUCGCAAGCAACUUCCGGAGCUCAUGACGGGUGAGCUGCAAGUCCCCACGAUGGAGCAUCUGGCCAAGAUUCCAUACAGUGAGGCCGUGGUCAAGGAAAGUCUGCGGUUGUACAUGACUAGCGUUCACCGUGCGCCCGUGGAGUCUACAACGCUUUGUGAAGGCACAUUCGUGCCGCGUGGAACAUAUGUAGUCAUGUCAGUGUACGCCUCUGCGCGCUUGAAGCAAGUGUGGGGUGACGAUGCCGCUGAGUUCAACCCGGAUCGUUGGAUUGACGAGGAAACCGGCAAGAUGAAGUAUAUCAAUCCUUUCCAGUUCAUCACGUUCGGUGGUGGUCCGCACCAGUGUAUUGGUAUGCGCUUCUCGAUGCUGGAGAUGCAGACCGUCAUGACUGCGCUGUUCAGUCGCCUCGACAUCAAGACGGUUGAGGAUCCGUUACAGAUCACGUAUGACUACAGCGCGACACUACCGGUCAAGGGACCGCUCGAGUGCACAGUCCAUGAAACAAGUGCCCCUGCUUUCUAA